CCUGACUCUUUUUUUGGAGGUUGAUCAAACGUCACCCGGAAGAAGGGAUGUGGAUUGUUUAUCUCCUCAUUGAACUCGGGGCGUGUAAGACGUCCCACAAGCUAUGGAUGCUACGCAGGUCAUCAAUGACUCCAUCUUAGAGUCAGAUGAGGAGGACCACGAAGAGAAACCAAACAGUGGCCGGAAACCUUUAGCUAAGCUGUGCAUCUUGAAGAAUGACCACAUCCCUGAAAGAGACUUCCCCCUUUUUGUGGGCGAUAACGUGCUUGGUCGGGACCCCAGCACCUGUACUCUGCCCUUGCCGGCACCUUCUGUAUCCAAGCAGCACGCCACCAUCAGCAUCUCUGUCUACCGGAGACGAGGAUCCCAUAUUAGAGUUGAUAUGGAAGCUUUGGUUUGGGAUCUGGGCAGCAUGAACGGUACCCGAAAGGGGCGCCGAAAGUUGACUCCGAAUGUACGCUACUCUCUCAGCGAGGGUGACCGCCUGGUGGUGGCGGACAUCCCGUGUCAGUACAUCACCUGUGAGGACGCCGGGAUUCCUGAGAGCAGGACAGCAGGCUUGAACUUCAGGUAUCCAGAUACUUCCAUAGAGAAACAAGUUAAGGUGAGGGCCAGUGGAAGCACAAAUGCUUCAGUUGGGCCAUCACUACUUGAUGGAGCACAGAAGACUCCUGCAGAGACUACUCCAGUCCAGUUGCAGAGGAUGCUGGUCCCGGAAUCUGACUCUGACUCGGAUGGAGAGAUUCAGGGGCAAAGAGAGGGCAGAUACAAGUCUAUAGGUUCAGAUUCAGACUCUUAUAACCGCAGUGCCACCUUCCUGAGUCCUACAAACAAUAUAGUCCCUGAAAGUGAGGAUGAAAGCCUGAUCACACUGUCGUCCUCCGCCAGAGAGAAGCCCUACAGACAUGUCAGCUUCAGCAAAGAGCGUGACAUAAUCUCGCCUGUGACUGUAGAUGACAGUGAUGAAGGGGAAGGCGCUGUGGUAAACGGCCCGACACCAGGAGGGAUGAGGCUUGAGGAGAAAAAACAUGGUGUGCAGGAGCAGCCACAAAGCAAUGCAAGCUUUAUGGGAGAAGGAUUGCUGCAAGUGUCCACAAGCACUGUGAUCCCUGAUUUUAACGUGGACAGUGACACUGAUGUGGAGGCGGAAGCAGUCCAGUUUCACAUGGACAGCGAUACAGAUGUGGAGGAUGAUGGUGAAGCUGGACGCCUUGAGGGGACUGAUGCUGAUGUGUCACAUGAUGCUCCGAAACUAGAUUUAGCUCCUCCAGUGCUGCUGGAUGACUUCCAACUAGACAGCGACACAGAUGUGGACGAGGGGGCUGACAACACCAGCAGAGACGAAACCCCCUCCAGGCUAGACUUAAAGAUGGGGGACUUGUCAGAGUCAGAUGAUGAUCAGGGCCCUGCCUUUAAUACACAUCCUGAUGUCAGAGGAUCAAACUGCAAUAAUGUGCCUGUUGCAGUCAUUCCGGCUGACACUAACAUAGCGGCUUCCGAGUCUGCAGACACAGAUGUGGAUGAGUGCAAUGCGCCCUCUGCUGGAUGUGUCCGUGGACAGGACAGCAAAACAGACAUGGAGGACAAAAUGCCAAAUCUUCCUGGGAUAAAAACAUCUGGGUUGCAUGAUGCACUUCUACAGAACUGCUCUACUCCUGUGCAAGAAAGAGACGUGGAGAUGAUGGAGACCCAAGCCUUCCUUAGUCCUGUUCAGAGUUCAUUUAAACGUGCAGUGAGACCAACGGAUUUGUCUUCAUGCUCAGACAGCCUGGAGGAUGAGGACUUUGUCGUGGCCGAGACGCAGCCUUUCAUCAUUCAGACACGAGAGCAGGUCCAGGGUGGCCUCCGUGACGACAGCCAAGCAUCAGAACAUAAUUCCUCGGGUGAAAACGUAGAAGAAUUACCGAGCGGAGCGGCAUCUUUCCAACUGGGGUUGUCCGAUAGCAGCCACCUACAAAGUCAUGCCCAUGCCCAUGCCCUGGCCAUGGAGAGCACCCAGGCUUUUGUCUCUGUGAGUGUGGCAGAUACACAAGCAUAUGGAACACCAGCUAGGACAUCCCACAGGGAUGAUUUUAACAUGGAGGCCACGCAAGCCUAUGAGGAGCCUGCAAAGAGUCCAGUUCGUCAGGAAGAGCUGGCUUUACAAGAAACACAAGCCUAUCUUUCACAACCAUACAAUGGGUCUGAAGAUGACCCAGAGGAAGAGACCCAACCUUUGGACUUGCCCACCUCUUCUCCUACCUUAGCAGUGCCUGAAACCCAACCUGCCUUAAUAGAAGCCCCAACUACAAACAAGGUUGCAUCUUUGCCAGAUACCAGAGAUCAGAUACCAAAAGAAAUGAACUUAAUGGAAGAACACAAGGAGGCGGUUGGAGAAACUUGUGAUGAGGCUCAACCUAUUCCUGAAACUCAACUGGUAAAUAUAAGCGAGGAUGAAGACUCCAUUCCAAUAGUACGGAAAAGAAAAGCCAAGCAACUUCAGCUCGAAGACGAGACCCAACCGUUGAUGAGUGGCGACUUUUCUGCAGCAGAGACCCAGCCCACGGACCUAGGUCAGAUUCAGCCAAUACCCACAAGUCUAACUGAAGAGAGUGAUGAAGAGGACCCAAGUCCUGGCUUGGUCCAGCUUCAAAAACAGGAGAAAUACACAACAGGUUUGGCUGUUGAUACCCAGACUGUGACCCAGCUUGUGGCUACAUGCGAUGAUGAUGAUGAUGAUGAUGAAAGCGAUGGGGUGGAAUCAAGUCCAGUUUUACAGCCCCAACCUUUGUCUAGUUGCGAUGUUCCUGUAGCCGAGACCCAGCCUAUUGGUACUCGCCACAAUGAGGAACGUGAUGAUGACGACUCCAUUCCUGGCUCACAUAAAAUGAAGGCGCAACCUAUUCUGAGUUCCAAUGGUGCGGCUGUGGAAGUGCAGCCUAUGACCGUAGCGGCAACCCAGCCUAUGGCGAUAAGUGACAAUGAUGAAACCGAUGAUGAGGACUCGAUUCCAAUCCAAUAUAAUAAAAGAAAAGCAAAGCCGCUACAGCUUGAAGAAGAGACACAACCCUUGAUGAGUGGUGACUUUUCUGCAGCCGAGACCCAGCCCAUGGACAUAGACCAGACUCAGCCUAUACCCACUAGUCGAACCGGGGAGAGUGACAGUGAGGCUCCAAUUCCUGGCUUAGUACAACCUCAGAAAGAGAAGCAAUUCAUUCUAUGUUUAGCUGUUGAUACUAAUCCUUUGAAUGUAGCUGUGAUUCAGCCUAUAAGUGAUGAUGAUGAACAUGAUGGGGAGGACUCGAUUCCAGUUUUACAUCAUAAUAGAAAAGCGAGGCCACUUGAAGAGACCCAACCUUUGACUAGUUGCGAUUUUUCUUCAAGUGAGACCCAGCCCAUAGCUGCGAGUCGCACAGAGGAAAAUGAUGACGAGGACCCCGUUCUUGCCUCACAUGAAAAAGUGUCUAGUUCUAACGAUGUGGCUGUGGAAGUGCAGCCUAUGACCGUAGCGGCAACCCAGCCUAUGGCGAUAAGUGAUAACGAUGAAACCGAUGAUGAGGACUCGAUUCCAAUCCAAUAUAACAAAAGAAAAGCAAAGCCGCUACAGCUUGAAGAAGAGACACAACCCUUGAUGAGCGGUGACUUUUCUGCAGCCGAGACGCCGCCCAUGGACUUAGACCAGACUCAGCCUAUACCCACUAGUCGAACCGGGGAGAGUGACAGUGAGGCUCCAAUUCCUGACUUAGUACAGCUUGAAGAAGAGACACAACCUUUGACUGGUUGCGACAUUCCCGUAACAGAGACCCACGUCAUAACUCCAAGUCCCGUUGACAGGAGUGACAGCGAGGGUUUGAUUCCGGUCUUGGUACAAAUUCAAAAAGAGACUCAAUCUAUUAUGUGUUCUAACGGUUCGGCCAUAGAAGAGCACUCUACGACUGUAGCCCCGACCCAGCCUAUGACUUCAAGUGAAAAUGACCCUCGUGAGAAUGAGGAAGAAGAGACACAACCCUUGAUUAGUUGUGACUUUCCUGCAGCUGAGACCGAGCCCACGGCUGCCAGUCAAACCAUGGAGAGUGAUACAGAGGACCUUAUUCCUGCCCUACCUAAAGAUGAAAUCCAGCUUCAGAUUGAGACGGGACCCACAUCGAGUUUGAAUGUAGCUGUCACCCAGCCUAUGGCUACAAGUGAAAAUGAGGAUAGUGAUGAUGAGGACUCUAUUCCAGUCUUAAGCCAUAAUAAACAAACAAAGCAGCAACAGGAGGAGACUCAGUCCCUCAGCAGCACUCUUGAAUUACUGCCCGACGUUUUGAGCCUAAAAAGUCAGCGAGAAGAUGGGGAUAAAGGCCAAAGGAGUAGCGAUGAUGACAUUUCAGUAGCUCCAAGAAAACCCCAAGCGGAGGAGCCUCAGUCGCUUGAGAUAUCUGCUCUCGGGGAUGGAUUAGGUCGAGAGGAAGAAGAGCCUGCAACUCAGCCUGUUGACACAUCUGAAGAUGAGGAACUGGACAGCGAGAUUUUUAUUCCGGGCCCACGUAGACGAAAAGUCAAACCACUGCAGUUUGAAGAUGAGACACAGUCGUUAUUGGAUUCUACAAGUCAGUCAACAGAAAAUGAACCAGGUUCACUACUUCAGAGAGGAACCGAAGAUGAUGUUGGAACUAGCAGCACCGCUGUUGGACACUCAAGAACAACACAAGAGGAGGAAGACACAGAAAAUAGAGAUAUCAGAAGAACUAAAGCUAGAGGAAAGUCUGUAAAAUCCAGGUCUGUGAAGGAAAAUAUGGAAAAGGCAAAGUUGCAGCAGACCAAGGACCAUCAACAGAACAAUGGGGAGCAUCAAAGCAUCCAAGUGGAAAUAUUGGAAAGCAAGAUAAACGGAGACGAGAUUCGGGAACCUGAGAGAAAGGAGAAUGAAGAGCAGGAAAGACUACAAAAAGAAAUUGCAGAGUCUCAAAAAAGGGAAGAACGAUUGGAAGCGGCCAUUGAAGAAGAAAUAUGUGAGAGGGAGAGGACGGAGCUGAAGAUUGAAGCCGAAGAAAGACCCAAAACACCAUUGACAGGCAGAAGAGCAACCAGAAGAACCAUCGCCGCUCUCACAGCAGAAGAGCAGGAUCCAGAUGACGUCCCGGCGAAGAGGACCAGCUCAUGUUCCAACUCUGUCAGCUCUGAAGUGUCUAAUGCAAGCACACAAACGAGUCGGGGGAGGGGCAGAGUGGAGAAGAGGUCAAAUGGUCCUGGCCGGGUGUCCACCUCCAGGAGACAAAUGAUGGCUGUGGAGGAACCACCAGAGAAGGACAUUGGCGAUGUACUUUCAAGGUCCAGUUCUUCCACUUCCCUUGCUUCUGAGAUGUCCUGCAGCAGCCUCAGCUCUCGGAGUAGAGGCAGAGGUAGCAGGCAGCAAGGAAUCAGGGGCAAAUCAGAACCAGAACCCAGCUCGGUCCAGCCUAUUUUAAAUCAGAAGUCUGCUCCCAAGCCUCCACCAAGAGGCAGAAGGGGAAAGAAGACAGAUGUGUCCCUCAGUGAAGAUGAUGGAGAGAAACUAGAGGUAGAACAUGCACCUGCCACCAGAGGGCGGAGAAGAACCAGUGUCAAAGAGCCCACAGCUACAGAGCAGUCAAAUGAGAAGAACCAGUCUGCUGGUGAAGACUCUUCCAGCUUGGUCCAGCCUGUCUUAAGUCAGACUUCUGCUCCCAAGCCUACACCAAGAGGCAGAAGGGGCAAGAAGACAGAUGUGUCCCUCAGUGAAGAUGAUGGAAAGCAGCCACCGUCACCUGCCACCAGAGGGCGCAGGCGAACCAAUGCCAAAGAGCCUACAGCUGCAGAGCUGUCAAAUCAGAGGAACCAAUCUGCUGGCGAAGACUCUUCUCUGCCUAAAAGAACCAUCAGGGGCCAAACGGUAAAAAGUGAAGCCGUUGAGGCCGGUGACGACAAUCAACAGGCGGCUAAAGAAUACAAGAGAAAAGGAAGGAAGAGAGAGUUGGAGGCAGGAGGGGAAGAAGUCAAAGAUGACUCUCUCGCUCGUGUCCAAGCUAAGAGAAGAGGCAGGAUUGCUAAACAAUCUCUUUUCGACACGUCCAGUGAGGAUGGAAGUCUGCCAUCUGUCAGUGGUGCUGCGGAAAUUGCAAAGCCUCAGACUCCAAUCAGCAGCAAAACCCGUAAGAGAAAAGCUUCCGUGGAAUCCUCUCCCGGGACUUCUUGCACCUCUUCCCCGCCACUGAGUCGUCGACCACGAACUGCCGGUCAAUUUUAUAAGGUGCUGUUCACCGGGGUGGUGGACGAAACCGGUGAGGAAGUGCUGUCCUGUUUAGGAGGCACUCUGGCUAACUGCGCCGCAGAUAUGAACUGCCUGGUGACGGACAAAGUGCGCAGGACUGUCAAGUUCUUGUGUGCUGUGGCCAAAGGAGUUCCCAUUGUCAACACACAGUGGCUGGAGAUGAGCGGUAAAGCCGGGAGUUUUCUGCCUCCUGAAGCCUUCAUUGUGCAGGAUCCAGAGCAGGAGAAGAAGUUCAGUUUCUGCCUGCAGGAGUCACUGAGGCUUGCCAGCAGUCAGCCCCUCCUGCAGGGAUAUGCGAUCCACAUCACUAAGUCAGUGAAGCCAGAGCCGGUCUACAUGAAAGACAUCAUUACCUGCAGUGGAGCCACCUUUCUUCCCAAGAUGCCGUCUUCCUACAAGCCUAAUACUGUUGUGAUCUCCUGCGAGGAGGACUGGCCGCUGUGUCGCGCCGCCGCCUUGGCAUCGUUCCCAGUCGUCUCGGCAGAGUUCAUCCUCUCUGGGAUCCUGCAGUACAAACUGGACUUCGACACGCACAAACUAUCGGGCCCGCUUGAUACCCUGCAGCCUGCUACAGGCGGAAAAGGGCGGAGCAGGAAGAAGACGUAGCAUCCCCGAUCAGGAAGUGACUCAGCCUCCUCCUCGAGCAUCCCUUUUACUUUCAAACCUACCAUCCCCUCCAUCCUGUUGACAAGUACUUACGUACUUAAGUACUUUUUAAACAAGCAUUAUUUAUACCGUGCCAGAUGGGACUAACGACCUGUUCAUUAUCCCUGUCCUCUCUGCCCCACCUCAAACGUUCAGAGCAGGAAUUAACAUUGCUUAACAUCCGUUUUACUGGAGGCUCGUUGUAAUCACACGUUGAAGCGCGAGUGUAUAAAUCAUGUUUACCAAACAAGGGGUGGAUUUCGGCAAGCUCUCGACAUAAGAAGUGCCUUUUUAUACACCAAGAUGAUGAUGAUAAUGAAGAUAGCAGAGUGUCCACAGUCUCCAUUCACCACCACCAACUAGCUCCAUUAAGGCCCCAUGCAGUCCUAUUAACCAUGUACGGAAGCCGCGCAGCCGAGGAGGCUGACGCUGCUUCCUCAUCAAUAUCUUAUGUAGUUUGUCCUUGCUGUGCAAUCAUCCAAAGCCUUUUUAACUGCAUACGUCACUCCCCCUGUUUGCGGAUGUGGCAAGAACUGCACUCUUACAUGUAUCACUAUCAUCAUCUGCCUUUUAAAGAAAGACGUGUGAAGCUUCCAACCAUGCAUCUACGUAUAUGUCCACCUUGCAACUGAAAUCAUUAAAUAGUUUCUGUGUCUGUCUAUCAUAUGUUGCACUGUGG